UUGAAAAUGAAAGCAAUGAUUUCCUCUUCUGAAUCUAUUCUAGCAUUUGAGUAGACGGUGACUGAUCAUCUGUACCAGUGGCCAAGGUGUUCGGGGAGUCAUUCUUCUUCUUCUUCUGGAGAGAAUUCCCUGGAGUGAAGAGAAGAGCCGAUGGCUGAGCGACUGCAGCACCCAUCGCAGGAUGAGGACAAUACAUUCCGGAUUCUGAUCGCUACUGACAAUCACGUGGGCUACUUGGAGCGCGACAGCAUACGUGGAAAUGAUGCUCUGGUGACUUUCGAAGAGAUUUUGGAGCUGGCCAACUAUCACAAUGCGGACUUCAUUCUCUUGGGUGGUGAUCUCUUCCAUGACAACAAGCCGUCGCGUAAGUCGAUGCAUGGCGUCAUGUCCCUGAUGCGUCGCUAUUGCGUUGGACAGCGGCCGUGUAAGAUUGAAUUCCUCAGCGACCAGUCGAUCAACUUUCCGCCACCCUUUCCGGUGGUGAAUUUCGACAGCCCCGACUACAACAUUGCAAUGCCAAUAUUCUCCAUUCAUGGAAACCAUGACGAUCCGACUGGAGAUGGCUCCUUGUCCUCCAUGGAUAUACUCAGUGUCAGUGGAUUGGUGAACUAUUUUGGCCGAGCCAGUAAUGUUGAUGACAUCACCUUGUCGCCGCUGCUGAUGCGCAAAGGCAGGACGAAGCUCGCCCUCUACGGCCUGGGGAGCAUUCGCGACGAACGCUUGCACCGGACGUUUCUCAAGAAGAACGUGAAGCUGCUGCGGCCACGCGAGAACACGGAGGAUUGGUUCAACCUGUUCACUAUCCAUCAGAACAGAUCUCGACAUGGGAAGACCAAUUACAUCCCUGAGCAGUUUCUUGACAACUUCCUGGAUCUCGUUGUUUGGGGCCAUGAGCACGAAUGUCUCAUUACACCAACCAUGCACCCAACAAACAAUUUCUUUUUGACGCAGCCAGGUUCCUCGGUUGCCACUUCGCUCAGCGAGGGUGAAGCAGUUCCCAAGCACAUUGCGUUAGUUGAGAUCAAAGACAAGCAGUUCAAUCUGCACAAGCUGCCAUUGCGUACUGUCCGUCCUUUCAUCAUGUCUGAAGUUGUUCUGGCCAAGACAGCACUCGAGGCUGCCAAGGAGGAGAGAGUGCUCGACUUCUUGCGUGAAAAGGUAGAAUCCAUGAUAGAGGAAGCUACUGAUCAGUUGCUGGAUGAAGAGCGAGAGCCAAUGAAACCUUUGAUCCGUCUCAAGGUGGAGUACAGUGGUGGCUUUUCCACACUCAGCUCUCAGCGAUUUGGUCAGCAGUUUGUGGACAAAGUUGCCAAUCCGCGUGACAUUCUUCUCUUCUAUCGCAAGCGACAGACCUACACCGGUAAGGAGGAAACGGAUGCGGAAGCUGCGCCAGUGCCCAAUUUCACCCCGGACCAGUUGGACAGUUCACGUGUGGAGGAUCUUGUGUCCGAUUUCAUGUCGAAGAGUGACCAGAUGAACGUCCUAUCCAGCAAAGCUCUUGGCAUGGCGGUAAAAGAGUACGUAGACAAGGAGGAGAAAGAAGCAAUUUCCGAAUUUGUGAAGUACUCACUCAACCAGACGCAGUCGUAUCUCAAGCAGCGCAAAGCAACUGAAACGGAUUACUUGCAGCUCAUUCAGCACCGGCAGCAGCAGAUGCGAUUGAGAGAAGAAGACGAAGCGGAAGCCAAAGAGAUAUUGGAAAAAGUGGGAAAGGAGCGGGCAUCACAGCCUCCUAAAGAGGCCGCUAGUGACUCGGAUGUUUCCUCAGAUGACGAUGAUAUUGACAGCAGUUCUAAGGCAGCGAAACCCACCCGUGGCCGAGGUUCACGUGGCGGCCGGGGCUCAAGAGGUGGUCGUGGCGGGUCACGAGAAACAGCUAAGACUGCUACCCCAUCAACACGUGGUCGGGGUAGAGGCAGAGGUCGGGGUGCCACUUCGUCAUCAGGAGCGACAAGCACGAUACAAUCCUCUUUCCAGCGUGCAAGUGCACUCAGUUCUCAGAAAUCAGCAGUCGUAGCCAUUCCGAGUGAUAGUGACGACGAUGACAUCAUCGAGGAAUUUGAUGCGCCAAAGUCUUCACGCGGUGGUCGCCUGGCUGCCGGUGCUCGUUCGAAUGCAGCUGAUGCGCCAUCUUCUCGGUUAACUACAUCGUCAUCCAGACCAGCUGCAUCGGCGGCAUCAUCCUCUCGCGCCAGUUCUCGGCGCAAGGCUAACGUUCAAUAUGAUGAUGAGGAUGAUGACUCCAAUCCCUUCAGCAUGGAUUCGUUUCAGCCAGAGAAGAAAAGAGCACGGCGUGUAUGACACUCGACAUGACUGUGUGCGGUUCGAUUCAACUGUCAGCAGCUUGUCAAAACGCUCUUUCUCUCUCUCUCUCACUCACUCACUCUCUCUCUCUCUCUCUCUCUCUCUCACACUCACUCACUCUGUGGGUCUUGCCUUGCUGUAUGCAGUAUGUUCGCACUUGACGUGAACUAUUUGCAACUGUUUGCCUGGUUGGCAAUGGCGAAGUGGCACAAUUGCAGAGUGCACCGGGGGGGGGGGGGGGGGACUCUAGUACACGUAACUGUAUAAGGUGCCUGGUGCGAUUGUGUUCAUAGUUGUUAGGUACAUAAAAUAAGUAUGUACCGUGUGCAUUUGUUGAGCGCCACGGCCGGUCGUCAACGUGCCUAGUCUCCCCACAGCCGUAGCCAACUGUUCGCAGUGAGUCUGCACGCAUCGCUUCAUGUUGCUCCUUGUUGUACAUGAAAAUGCCGUACUUGUGUUGUAGUCUUGAGGACGUUUGGCAGUGCCGGAGGUGGAGGCACGUGACCGUGCACUAUGCAGGCUUUGCUCUUGCCAUGUGCAUUGUGAUAUAGCUGGUCCCAUCCUAUGUUCUGCUUCUGUUUGCGACCACUCAGCUUUAGCCAUUCGUCGGACAUGUAUGUGGAGCCAAUGUUCUUUUUCGUAGCCAACCGUUUUUACCUUUGUACAUGUACUAUAAUUAUGAGAGCUGGACUCUUUUUUUAGCCUCCUUGAUUCCUCUUCCAAUUAAUUCUACAUUAAUAAUUUGUCCCCUAACUUUCAUAUCCGUAUCACAUCA